CCCUAAAGCCCCGAACACCCCCCCCAGGGGGCUCCUGGCUCUCCCUGCUGUGGGUGCCACAGAACCCAAGGGGCGGCGAUGGGAGAAGUGAGAGCCCCCGGGGUGUACAGAAUGACCCCUCUUGUCCCUCCUGGACAUGCCUCUGCACCCCAACACUGAGGAGCAUUAGAAGGAUGAGGGGGUGCACAUCCAGCCCCUGGCAGAGAGUAGGUUCAACAAAGGGACACUGGAAGGGCCUCCUUCUAACUCCCCUGUCCACACCUGCAGGCCCUGCCCGGGGGCUGGGCCUGGGAGCCAGUGACAGAGUGUCUGGGUCCAGCUCCAGGUGAGGCCAGGAUGCAGCCGGAGUGAUGGCCGGGGGACCUGUCCGAGAGGACCGGUGACAAAGGGGCCUGCUUCCCCUCCCCUCCCCACUGGGGCACUCAGACGUGCAAGGAUUGAGCACCUGCCGUGUGCAGGCCCAUGCUGGAGUUUCCAGGGGCCCAGUGAGGUUUUUCUGAGCUGUGCCGCUUCCGAUGAGUUACUUGACUACUCUGAGCUUUCAUUUCCUCUUGUGCAAAAAGAAUUUAACAAAAGGGCCGGCUCAGAGGCCGGCUGUGGGGAUAUCACAGAGACGAGAUUCUUCAAAGUAAAAAGCAGAGGGUCUUGCCGAGAGCCAUGCCCAAGAGCAAAAAGAGAUGGGUGGCAUUUGGGAGGGCACCGUCCAGGGAGGGGAGUGGAGGCGGUGCCCAGGAGAUGGGGGCAAGGCAAGAGGGGAGUCCAUGAAAUGCACAGGUCCCGGGGCCGCUCUGGGGGACAGGGGCAGCUGCGGGAGCCAGAGGCCCAGAGCCAGGGGGCUCACAACCUCCGCUCCUGCCCUGCCCACCAGCGUGGCCAUCCUGAUAUACCUGAGCAAUAAGUACCAGGCAGAGGCCCACUGGUACCCGCCCGACCCACAGGCCCGCACCCGCGUCCACGAGUAUCUGGGCUGGCACGCUGACUGCAUCCGGAGUGUCUUCGGUGUGCCCCUGUGGACCCAGGUGCUGGCGCCACUCAUCGGGAAUCAGGUGCCCAAGGACAAAGUGGAACGCAACAGGGACUUCAUGGACUGGGCACUGCGGCAGCUGGAGGACGAGUUCCUGAAGGACAAUGCUUUCCUCACAGGCCAGCAGGUGACCCUGGCCAACCUCAUGGCACUGGAGGAGCUGAUGCAGCCUGUGGCUCUUGGUUACAACCUGUUUGAGGGGCGGCCACAGCUGGCGGCAUGGCGCGAGUGAGUGGAGGCUUUCCUGGGCAUCCUGGAAAAGGCAGCCAACAAAGCAAUCCCAGUGCCCCCACCAGAGGCCUAUCCAUCAAUGCUACGUCAUAUUGCUAGGAUCCCCUGAGGGUUCUGGAUGAGA